AUGGGGCUUCGUAUGAAUUCAGUUGUACCUGUCGACACGCAUGUAAUAAAGCUCACUGCUGAAAACUAUCUUUCUACUUUGAAAACCAAAAAGACUAUUGGGAAGGAACUUUACAGAAAAAUAGGAGCAAUCUGGUUUAGUACUUUUGGCGAGUACGCUGGUUGGGCUCAUUCUGUUUUAUUCAGUUCAAAACUGCACAGCUUCACGAGGACACGAAAUAAACUUUUUGCAGAAAAGUCUGUCAAGAAACCAAAAACACAAUGCCCCCUUAUGAUCUUCAUAGUCGCACACAAAUUUAAAGCAAAUUCUGCUGGCCUAACUUCCUUACAUCCUUUUCAGCAUAAAUAG